AUGGCCAGGCCCCCCGCCCCUGCCACCCCCAUGCUGCUCCUAAUCCUCCUGGUGCUGCUGGAGCUCAGCCCCACAAGCUCCUUGGCCCCUGCGACCCCCGCCCAGAGCCUUCCAGAGAAUCCCAUUGGCCUCCCUCGCCCAGCGCUCUGGAAGCCUCAGACCAGCCACCACCGCCGCCGGGGCCUGGGCAAGAAGGCACAGGGUCCAGGCAUGUCUGGCCGGGCCCAGGAUGGGGCUGUGGUCUCCACCACCAGGCAGGCGUCCAGGAUGCCCAGUGCAGGGGGCCUGUUGCCUGGGCAGAGUCCUGCAGGCCUGCUGCGAGACAAGAACCUACUCCUGGGGCUGGCGCUGCCCCACCCUGAGAAGGAGAGCCGGUCCCCAGGGCUGCAGAGGGCGAAGAAGCAGGGCAGCAGACACAAGAGACGCAGGGACAGGCUGAAGCUGCAUCCAGGCCGAGCCUUGGUCCGAGGCCCCAGCUCUCUGAUGAAGAAGGCUGACUUCCUCACCGAAGACCAGGUGCGGGACGCCACCCUGGAGGAGUCUUCCACCAGCCUGGCCCCCACCAUGCUGUUCCUGACCACCCUGGAGGUGGCACCUGCCACCGAAGAGUCUGUCAUCUUGCCUGUCACCUCUCUGCGGCCCCAGGUGCAGCCCCGGCCUGAUGGGGAGGUGAUGCCCACGCUGGACAUGGCUUUGUUCGACUGGACCGAUUACGAAGACUUAAAACCUGAUGUGUGGCCCUCUGCAAAGAAGAGAGACAAACACCUGGGUCAACUCUCCAGCGAUGGCAACGAAACAUCACCGGCUGAGGGGGAACCGUGUGACCAUCACCAAGACUGCCUACCAGGCAGCUGCUGUGACCUUCGGGAACACCUCUGUACGCCCCACAACCGAGGUCUCAACAACAAGUGCUUCGACGACUGCAUGUGCGCGGAAGGGCUGCGCUGCUACGCCAAAUUCCACCGGAACCGCAGGGUCACUCGGAGGAAGGGGCGCUGCGUGGAGCCCGAGACAGCCAGCGGCGACCAGGGGUCCUUCAUCAACGUCUAGCCGUCCGUCCGCGGGGCGCCUCCCCACCAGCCUGGGGACCUGGGCGCGGGAGGUUUGGAGAC